AUGAAUAUGGAAGUUGAGAAAGUUGUCCUAGAUAAGGCUCAUCAAAAUGCUCAGUAUAUUUCCAAUGACAUACAAAAACAAAUCUUGCAUAUUUUUGCUACCAAUGUGAGGAAGACAAUUUGUAGAGAACUUGGGAUGAACAAAUUUUGUAUUCUUGUUGACGAAUCACUUGAUGAAUCGGGUAAAGAACACAUGGCUAUUAUUGAGCAUAUAUGUAAACUUGCUCAGAAAUUCUAUCCUGCUGAUUUCAUUCCUCAUGAGUUGAAAGCUUUAGAAGUAGAGCUCAAGUAUUUUCAGAAUGAUAUAAAACGUCUUCCAUGCUUUAAGGAAAUCACUACUCUUUCUCAGUUAUGUCAACAAUUGGUGGAAACAACUUUGGGGAAAAACUACUAUUUGAUUAACAGGUUGGUUCGGUUGGUGUUGACUUUUCCUGUUUCUAUAGCAACAACGGAACGAGCUUUCUCAUGUAUGAGAAUUAUUAAGAAUCGACUUCGAAGCACCAUAAGUGAUGAAUUUCUUGGUGAUUGUAUGAUCCUCCACAUUGAAAGAGAGUUUGCCAAUGCUAUUGACAAUGCAUCCAUAAUUGAGGAAUUUAAGAGUUCUAAGCCUCGUAGGGUUAGAUUUUAG